CGGGCGCUGCUGCGGCCGGCGCUGCUGGGCCUGGGGCUGGCGCUGCCCCUGGCCGCCGCCUGGUACGCGGGCGCCGAGCGGCACCGGCGCAGGAAGCUGUGGCUGCUGCUGGACGGCGUGGGACGCUUCGGCAGGUCGCUGGCCGUGGGGGUGCACAUCUCCGUGGACUACUGGUGGACGGCCAACGUGGUGCUGCGGGGCGUGGACGAGAACAGCCCAGCGUUCAAGGCGGGGAUGUCGUGCUGCCACCAGCGCGCCGCCGACCGCCUGGUGCGCGGCGCCAUCCGCAACGGGGGGCUCUACAUCAAGCUGGGCCAGGGGCUGUGCUCCUUCAACCACCUCCUGCCCCCCGAGUACAUCUCCACCCUCCGCGUGCUGGAGGACCGGGCCCUGCAGCGGGGCUACCGGGAGGUGGAUGAGCUCUUCCUGGAGGAUUUCCAGACCACGGCGGCGGGGCUCUUCCAGGAGUUCGACUACGAGCCGGUGGCCGCGGCCAGCCUGGCCCAGGUGCACCGGGCCACCCUGCAGGACGGCACGCCGGUGGCCGUGAAGGUGCAGUACAUCGACCUGCGGGACCGCUUCGACGGCGACAUCCGCACGCUGGAGAUCCUGCUGCGCAUCGUCGAGUUCAUGCACCCCACCUUCGGCUUCAGCUGGGUGCUCGAGGACCUGAAGGGCACCCUGGCCCAGGAGCUGGACUUCGAGAACGAGGGCCGCAACGCGGAGCGCUGCGCCCGCGACCUCCGCGACUUCAGCUACGUGGUGGUGCCCCGCGUGCACUGGGACAAGUGCAGCAAGCGGGUGCUGACGGCCGAUUACUGUGAGGGCUGCAAGAUCACCAACGUGGAGGGCAUCCGCAGCCAGGGCCUGGGCGUGCAGGACGCCGCCGACAAGCUGAUCCGCGUGUUCGCCGAGCAGAUCUUCUACACGGGCUUCAUCCACGCCGACCCGCACCCCGGGAACGUGCUGGUGCGGAGGGGCCCCGACGGCAAAGCCCAGCUCGUCCUCCUCGACCACGGCCUCUACGAGUUCCUCAGCGAAAGGGACCGGACAGCACUGUGCCAGCUCUGGAGAGCCAUCAUCCUGCGCGACGACGCGGCCAUGAAGGCGCGCUCGGCCGAGCUGGGCGUCAAGGACUACUUCCUCUUCUGCGAGAUCCUCAUGCAGCGGCCUAUCCACAUGGGGCAGCUGGCGCUGGCCAACGUGCUCACGCGGGAGGAGACGGCCUACAUGCAGGACAUGGCCAAGCACCACUUCGAGCGCAUCAUGCGGGUGCUGCGGGACCUGCCCCGGCCCAUGCUGCUUGUCUUCCGCAACAUCAACACCGUGCGCAGCAUCAACGUGGCCCUGGGCGCCCCCGUCGACCGCUACUUCCUCAUGGCCAAGAGCGCCGUCAGGAGCUUCAGCCGCCUCAGCGGGCAGAAGUCCUCCGGCAUCCGCAGCAGCAGCGUCUUCUGCUGGCUCAGGGUAGCGUGGGAGAGCCUCAAAUUUGAGGUUGCCCUCAGGCUGGAGACCAUCUCCAUGAAGCUGACGGCCUCCAUCCUCCGCUUCCUCGCCUCCUGGGGCCUGCUGGCCCAGAGCGAGCAGAUCUACGAGUACCUCCAGGCCUAGCGCCCCGGCCCUCGCUGCUGCAGCCGAACCGGGGCCCGGGCUCGCCCCAGCACUGACUGUUCCCCCCAAUAAACCCCCGGUGCCCGCAGGCGCCGUGCACCCAC